AUGUAGAUAUAGGCAUAGACUAUCUCAUCAUCACUUUACUUAAAUAACAUGGCUAAGACUGUUAAAGGGGCUAAUGCUCCCGAGAAGAGUGCUUCUAGAAAGAGAAAGCAGGUUCAAGAAGAAGUUGAAGAAGUUCCAGAGAGAUCUUCCGAUGAAGAGUUUGAAGUCGAUGGGCUUUUAGAUGUUGAAGCUGAUGAAGAUGAAGAAGAAGAAGAAGAGGAAGAUGAAGAAGCUGACUCUGAAGAAGGAAAUGAUGAUGAAGAUUCUGAUGAUGAACUUAACAAACUUUUAGGUGAAGAAGAAGACGUCAGUGACAUUGAUUCUGAUGACUUCUCCGAUGAACCAAAGGAUGAUUCUCAUUCUAUCACCGACGCUUUAUCUAACGUUAAGAUCAGAAGUAUGUCUGCAUCUACUGACGAUGGAACUGUGCGCACUAAGUUCUCUGACGGACGUCCUAGAUUGAUCAAGCCAGAAAUCAACCCAGUAUAUGACUCCGAUGACAGUGACAACGAAAACUUCAACACCAUUGGUAAUGUUCCAAUUUCAGCAUACGAAGAAAUGCCUCACAUUGGUUAUGACAUUAACGGUAAGAGAAUUAUGAGACCAGCCAAGGGAUCUGCCCUUGACCAAUUGUUGGAAAGCAUUGAUCUUCCAGAAGGAUGGACUGGUUUGUUGGACCAAAACACCGGUACUUCAUUGAAGUUGACUGAUGAAGAAUUGGAACUUAUCAGAAAGAUUCAAGCACAAGAAAAUACUGAUGAAAACAUCGAUCCUUACCAACCAACUAUUGAAUGGUUUACUUCUGAAACCGAAGUCAUGCCAUUGACAGCCGUUCCAGAACCAAAGAGAAGAUUCGUUCCUUCCAAACAUGAAGCCAAGAGAGUCAUGAAGAUUGUACGUGCCAUUAGAGAAGGUAGAAUUGUUCCACCAAGCAAGGUUAAGGAACAAGUAGAAGAAGAACAAUACAACUAUGACUUGUGGAAUGAUAACGAUUUGGAAGUUCCAGAACAUAUUAUGAACUUGAGAGCACCAAAGUUACCACCUCCAACCAAUGAAGAAUCUUAUAACCCACCUGAAGAAUAUCUUUUGACUGAAGAAGAAAAACAAAAGUGGUUAGACAUGGACCCAGAAGACAGAGAAAGAAACUUUGUUCCUCAGAAAUAUAAUGCAUUAAGAAAGGUUCCAGGUUACCAAGAAGGUUUGAGAGAAAGAUUUGAAAGAUGUUUGGAUUUGUACUUGGCACCAAGAGUUCGUCACAACAAGUUGAACAUUGAUCCUGAAUCAUUGAUUCCAGAACUUCCAUCUCCAAAGGAUUUGAGACCAUUCCCAAUCCGUUGUUCUACUGUUUACCAGGGUCAUACCGGAAAGAUACGUACUUUGUCCAUUGACCCACAAGGACUCUGGCUUGCUACUGGUUCUGAUGAUGGUACCGUUCGUAUUUGGGAAAUACUAACUGGUAGACAAGUUUACAAGGCUACCUUUGUUGACUCUGAAAACACCGACGAUCACAUUGAAGCUUUGGAAUGGAACCCUGAUGCCGCUACUGGUAUCUUGGCAGUUGCCGCAGGUGAACACAUCUACCUUGUUGUCCCACCAAUUUUCGGUUUUGAUAUUGAAAACAUUGGUAGAUUGAGAAUUGAAUCAGGUUGGGGUUAUGACACUUUUGGAAACAAGUCUAAGACUAAGGAUUCCAGCAUAAAGGUCAACUCAGAUGAAGAAGAGGAAGAAGAAGUUGAUGCUAACCAAGAACCAGUCGUUAAGGCUAAGGACGUUGCUAAGUGGGUUACUGCCAAUGCUGAACAAUCCAAGGACGGAAUUUCAGCCAUCAUUCAAUGCCGUAAGACUGUUAAGAAGAUUUCAUGGCACAGAAAGGGUGACUACUUUGUAAGUGUCUCCCCUGACAGUGGUCACACUUCUGUGUUGAUUCAUCAAUUAUCUAAGCAUUUGUCACAAUCUCCAUUCAAGAAAUCCAAGGGUAUUAUCAUGGACGCCAAGUUCCAUCCAUUUAAGCCUCAAUUAUUUGUUGCAUCCCAAAGAUAUAUCAGAAUCUAUGACUUGGCACAACAAACUUUGAUCAAGAAGUUGAUGCCUGGUGCUAGAUGGUUGGCCAAUAUCGAUAUCCACCCUAGAGGUGACAAUUUGCUUGCAUCAUCCUUCGAUAAGAGAGUGUUGUGGCACGAUUUGGACUUGAGUUCUACUCCAUACAAGACCUUGAGAUACCACGAUAAGGCUGUCAGAUCCAUCAAGUUCCACAAGUCGAACUUGCCUCUUUUCGCUUCUGCUUCUGAUGAUGGUGUUAUCCAUGUUUUCCAUGGAACUGUAUAUGAUGAUUUAAUGACCAACCCAUUAUUGGUGCCAUUGAAGAAGUUGACUGGCCACAAGGUUGUGAACAGUUUGGGUGUCUUGGACUUGGUGUGGCAUCCUAAGGAAGCAUGGUUGUUCAGUGCAGGUGCCGAUGGUACUGCUCGUCUUUGGACAACUUAAACAAAACGUAACCUACUUCCUUCACAUCAUCUCCUCUAAAAUAUCACCUCCACCCCCAUUUAUACACUACAUAGAUAAAGCAUAAAAUACAAUGAUUUUAAUUUAUUU